AUGAAGGUCUGUGAUGGUCUCCUCAUGGUCACUGCUCUCCUAGCUUCCUUCCUGGAGGUCUCUGCCCUGUCUCUGGAGAGACGCCCUGUCCUGGCAUCCCACAGCCGUGCCCACCAGGGGCCCAAGGAGCCCGGCUUCACCAGGAUGAAGAGGAAGAACCUGGCAGUGGAUUUUGUGAUUCCUGCAGCUUUCCGCAACUCUCUGAGGGACUUGUUGGGUCUUUUCCCAGCGGGAACUGCCACCACCAACUUCCAGGCCAUCUCCAGCCUGUCCUUAGACUGCUGGCCUCUGGUCAGGUCCUUCUCUCAGCAUGGAAUCCUCCAUCACCACCAGGACCUGAAGAAGGAGCAGAUGUUCCCUGGUCGCCAGCCGGCUCUGCUGUCCAAGGUGCUGAAAUCCGGAUUCCUGAAGAGUCUCCGCAGGUCCAAGCAGCUACUGCUAGAGGUUGGAGAAGACAUGGUCAGAGACGGCUGUGGAGUGGACUGGGAACCCAGAGCCACAGGAGAGGGUAGGAAUGACAGCAAUGGGGUUCCAGCAGGUGAACCCCAAAAUUCUGCCAUGAAGAGGAAGCUGGAAUUUAACCUGACUGAGCUGUUUAGCUGGUGGAUAAAAUCUAAAGAGGGCAGAUUAAGGAUUAGACUAAUGCCCCAAAGAUCUGCUUUAUACCCUGGGAGGGAGGAAAGUUUAUCUACAGCUCUGAGGGCAUCUCAUCCAAAACUAACCUUCCAGAUUCUAAGAAAGGGUGAGUAA